CACAGCAGCUUAUGAGGAAAUGUCACAGAAAAAUAUGAUUUCCAUGUGUGUGAUCAUCACAAGUUUGGCAGUUCUGACAGUGACUCUGGCAAAAGACCCUCUGGAGUGUAAUUUCACAGAAGCGACCGAACACCAGCGAUGUUUCGGAGCAGUCGGGCAGCAGUUACUGUUUCAUCUACAGGAAACAACUAAUAGAGAAAUUGUGUUGAUAAAGGAUGAUGCAGUUAGGGUAUUCAAAAUAGUUAAAAAUCAGUUACAGAGUCUACAUGCUGACUAUAAACAUGAUUUUAAACUCUUUGAUAAUGGAACUUUCAAACUUGGUAAAGUAAUGAAGAAUUACUCAGGAGAUUAUAAUUUACAAGAAUUUGACCACAAUGGUUCGUCACUGAGGAAAGUUCAUUUACAUCUCGAGAUACAAGCUCCAGUGUCAAAGCCGGCUGUGUCUCAGGUGUGUUUGUCAUCACAGCAGAUGAAGGUCAGCUGCUCCUGUGAGGGUGACGACGUUGGGUUCAUUUUACAUUUAGACGACGUUCCGGUAAUGCCGACCCUCUGUCGGGCUCCUCACAGCUCUGAGCUGAGUGUUUCUGACGUCACCGUCAGCCUACAUGGUUUGGUGACAGGAAACCUCAAGUGUCUCGUCUUCAACAACAUCAGCAGAGAGGAAACUAUUCUUCAUCUCAAAAGCUGCAGAGAUGAGUUUCCUUUUUUUGUCAUUGUUACCGUGGCCUCAGCAGCUGUCACCCUUCUCCUCUUUCUGGUCCUGGGUCUCAGUAUAAACCAUCUUAAAAAACUGAGACCUACGGCUGUUGACGAAGUUCUUCCAAACAGACAUGAAGACGAGGUCGUCUAUUCAGCUGUUAGGAUGACAAAUGCAAAGAGAAGUCGAUCGAACAUUCUGAACACUGAGGAUGAGUGACCGUGUAAAAGAUGAAAAUGAGAGUUACUUUUGGACCAGGAGUUUUCCAGGUACUUGGUUCCAGAAACUUGUUACUGUGAAUAUUUUUCUUUUUUAAAUACUGUUAUGAGUUGAUUCAUACACGUUGCAUUCUGUAUUUUCUACAUUCUCAUACUUUUAACAGUAUAUACACCACUGUAAAACUUUUUUUUUUUUUAAUAUAUUUUAUAUAUAUCUGAUUCAA